UUACAGCUUGCAAAGCCUUCUGAAUAAUUCAUCUCCUCUUAGGGCUGGUGCUUUGCCAAAAAAUGGGUUUAGUUGGAACUCAAAAACCUCAUGCAGUGUUGGUUCCAUACCCAGCACAGGGCCAUGUGAACCCUUUGAUGCGACUUGCCAAACUUCUACACUCAAGAGGCUUCCAUAUCACCUUUGUCAAUACAGAAUUUAACCACAACCGUUUGAUUAAGUCAAACGGACCGGAAUCUGUGGAGGGCUUGCCUGACUUCAAGUUCGAGACCAUACCGGAUGGUAUGCCACCAUCAACUCGUGAUGCAACCCAAGAUGUACCACAGUUAUGCUACUCGACUAGAAAGAACUGUUUGGUUCCGUUCAAAGAAUUAUUAGGAAAGUUGAAUUCAUCUUCCGACAUACCCCCAGUUACGUGCAUAAUUUCAGAUGGAGUUAUGAGCUUUGGUGUGAAAGCUGGGGAAGAUAUGGGCAUUCCAGAAGUUCAAUUCUGGACUGCUUCUGCUUGUUCCUUCAUGGGAUACUUGCACUAUCGUGAACUUAUCAAAAGAGGCAUUUUUCCAUUUAAAGAUGAUACCUACAAUACUGAUGGCACUCUUGAUUCACCUAUUGAUUGGAUUCCUGGCAUGAGAGACAUAAGAUUCAGAGAUCUUCCAAGUUUCUUCAGAACCACCGACCCAAAUGACAUCAUGUUUGACUUCAUGGGAGAGGAAGCACAUAACUGUUUAAAUGCUUCUGCUAUAAUUUUUAACACUUUUGAUGCAUUAGAACGUGAGGUGUUAGAGGGAUUCAUAUCCAAGUUUAAUUAUCCCAACAUUUAUACAAUAGGGCCACUUUCACUACUGGGUAGGCAUGUGCUAGAGAGCCAAGUCAUGUCACUUAAUUCAAGUUUAUGGAAGCCAGACUCAGAUUGUUUGAAAUGGUUGGAUCAAAAAGAGAGGGACUCAGUAGUGUAUGUGAAUUAUGGAAGUGUGACAACCAUGACUAACCAACACUUCAAGGAAUUUGCAUGGGGGCUUGCAAAUAGCAAGCAACCAUUUCUAUGGAUUGUUCGGCCAGAUAUCGUGCAGGGUGAUUCGGCCAUGUUGCCUAAAGCAUUUCUCGAGGAGACAAAGGAUAGAGGAUUAUUAACCAGUUGGUGUGCACAAGAUGAAGUUCUAGCCCACCCAGCUAUUGGUGCCUUUCUGACUCAUUGUGGAUGGAACUCUACGAUAGAGAGCAUAUGUGGUGGCGUUCCUGUGAUCUGUUGGCCUUUCUUUGCUGAUCAGCAAACGAAUUGUCGAUACUCGUGCGUCGAAUGGGAGAUUGGAAUGGAGAUCAAUAAUGAUGUGAAGAGAGAGGAAGUUGAAGAACUUGUCAGAGAGAUGAUGAAAGGGGAGAAAGGGAAGAAGAUGAGGAGCAAAGCUAAGGAAUGGAAGAACAAAGCAGAAGAGCUACUUAUGUUGGGGGAUCAUCCUAUGAUAACUUUGAUAAAUUUAUCAAGAAGACUCUUCAUCAUGAAGAGAAGUAACAAACCCUGGAAGAUACUAUUUCUACUACUUAUAUAUUACAAGUAGAAUGCAUGGUAUGUAAGAUAAUGGUUGAAUUUAGUCAUCAAUAAUACUACUUUGGCUUAAUUAUUGUCUCAAUUCACUAUCGUUAUUGGAUUGACAAUGGAUCUCAAUUGGUAUUUGGAUGCACUGGUAAUUCAAUGAUAAUAGUGGAUCAAAUCGACAAAU